GUUCUUGCACCGCCCCGGACUCCAUGUUGUUCCGACAGCCACGGAGCGAACAAGUGCCCUGGCCGAAAACUCUCACGUUGCAACUCUGUGUGUGCGAGAACUAAGUGUGUGUGCGCGUGUGAGAGUGUGUUGACCCUGCGAAAGAAGAUGGCAGACUACCGGGACGACACCGGAGCUCGAGCCCUACUUGCUCUGCAGUCGGCGCCGUGCAGCCCCGUGCGCGUCGCGGUGACCUCGCACGUCUAUCACCAGCCCUCGCUCGCCCUCUUGGGUCCUCCGGUGAUGGAAGCCCGCACCGACGCCGGGAUCCUUCCCGUGCGCCUCGCUUCUCAUCCUUCGCAGGCCCUCGCCAGGCUCGAGGGCCGGGACUUUGAGUUUGUCAUGCGCCAGAGGACGGUCACCAUAGGCCGAAACUCGUCUCACGGCUCCGUGGAUAUCAACAUGGGUCACUCGAGCUUUAUUUCACGACGACACCUGCAGAUCACCUACGAUGAGGCGAACGGUUUCUCCCUCCGGUGCCUGGGCAAGAACGGCGUGUUCGUAGACGGGGUGUUCCAGCGGAGAGGGGCGCCGCCGCUGCCGCUGCCCAGAGAGUGUGUGUUUCGUUUUCCCAGUACGGUCAUCAAGAUCCAGUUUAUGUCACUCCUGGAGCCUGAGGAGCACAGAGAGAAAGAGCAGCCCUCUCCUCCCCCUCGCCCGCUUCUGCCCCACAUUUCUCCUCUCAAAAUCAGCAUUCCCACAGUGCAGCAGCAUGAAGAGCACAUCAGGGCGUUCGGCUCUCCGCUGCCCUCGCCCACAGGCACCAUCAGUGUUCCUAACUCCUGUCCGGCCAGUCCACGCGGGGCAGGGUCAUCAGGGUAUCGCUAUGGACGCAAUGUGACCUCUGACCUCCAGUUAGCAGCUGAAUAUGCUGCCAAGGCUGUUUCUGAGCAGAGACGAAGCAUUGCUGAGCAGAGAGGUGUGGGAAGUGAGCAGCGGGGGGAGUCAGCUGGUGGAGACAGCCCCAAGGAUGAGUCCAAGCCACCGUAUUCCUAUGCACAGCUGAUUGUCCAGGCCAUCUCUCUGCCCCAGGACAAACAGCUGACUCUUAGUGGCAUCUACGCCCACAUCACCAAACACUACCCCUACUAUCGCACUGCAGACAAGGGCUGGCAGAAUUCAAUCAGACACAACCUAUCACUCAACCGCUACUUUCUGAAAGUGGCCCGCUCUCAGGAUGAGCCUGGGAAAGGGAGUUUUUGGCGUGUGGAUUCUGCCUCCGAGAGCAAGCUGGUGGAGCAAGCCUUCAGGAAAAGACGGCAAAGGGGGGUGGCUUGCUUUAGGACGCCAUUCGGACCUCUCUCGUCUAGAAGCGCCCCUGCAUCCCCAACCCACCAGGGGCUUCUGUCUCCUCCAUCCAGUGGGCUACAGACUCCUGAAUGUCUGAGCAGGGAGGGCUCUCCAAUCCCCCACGACCACCAUGAACAGCUGGCUAACAAACUGGCAUCUGUACCUGAAUAUAGAUACUCUCAGAGCGCCCCAGGAUCUCCAGUUAGUGCUCAGCCCGUCAUCAUGGCUGCACCCCCCCACCCAACAGUUCUGCCCUCAGGCCCGGGGAAAGCCCUUGCUUUGGUUCCAGGUGGUGGCGGCCAAGUCCAGCCCAUCCACAUGCUCCAGAACCCCUCUCAGCCCUCUGUCACCAUGAUGCGGGUGGUUACCAGUGCCCCACUUUCCAACCCUCCGAAUGGAUACAGCACCCCCUCUGCUGGAGGAGCAGAGGGCAACAGUGAGCUGAGAGAAGCCCAGCUGAGCAGAGAGCGUGUUAUCCAGACUGUGGACAGUGCGGUGCAGGGUGGGGACGGACGGAACCUGGCUCCAGGCUUACAUCAACUUCCUGUUCGUCCUGUUACCCAGAAUGGCAAACACACCACUGCUGCUGUUGCCACAGCAACCAGCCUUGCUAAUGCAUCUGGCAUGAGUAGUCCUCUCCAGAUCUUGGCUGCCCAGGCUUCCAGCUCCCCUCCAGUGCUCGUGAGCAGACAGCCCAGUGCAGAAACUUUAGCUGAGCAGCAAGGCGCACCCCAGGCCAAGAGGCCAAAGAUGGAGGAUGACGGUGGGACUGAAUCCACUCAGCACCAGGUCACGCCUGCCCAGCAGCCUGUCAUCGUUGCCAUGACAUCACAAACCCAUGACCCCAGGAAGUAAAACCCAGGCCUUCUUACCAGGUACCCGAUGGACAGCCUCCUUAUCGUCCCGCAACUGCUUCACCUUUUAUACUCAUUUGAUAUGACUGCAGCCGACACGGCCAAAAAAUGUACAGGCAGCCUCUCUCAACAGAAGGGAAUUAAAUUGUAAGGAACAUAUAUUUUGGUCAAAAAUAGAUGAAAGCUUUCAAAUACAUUCUGAAUUUAAAAGCAAGUAAAAUCUUUCAGGACUUUUUCAGCUUUACAGUCUUUUUGUAAUCAGCCAUUCACUGACAACUCAAACACGUAAGGACAUUAAGCUUAUGAGAGCAUUAUGCAUAUUAAAAACGUUUCAGCACUACUUUUACCCACGUGAAUGUAGAAUAUCUCAGAUACAACCUUUUCCUCUUGUUGAUGGCUCAGAUACAUCGGUUAUUAUCACUCUCAGGCCAAAGAACUCACCUCUCCUGCACUUCUGAUUAGAGUCACUGCCUGAUUUAAAACCAGGGAAUGUGUGUUCAGAGAUUUGAAUGGCCUGCAUUUACAGAAGAAACUGUGAUGAUCAGAGUUGAUCUACUGUGUAGUUAAAUACAGCUGUGGAUAAAAAGGUAGAGAGGACUUAACUGCAGACCAGGUUGAUAGGGCUUGGGAGACUGUUAAGAAUAUGAUUAUUCUCUAAGGAUUGCCAUAUGAAGAGUACAAAGUGAGACAGAAAUAGUCAAACAGGUUGUCUCUCUCAGAAAAGAAAUGUUAAUAUUAAGGCCAAGAACAGAAUGUGAGGCGUCUCUUCUUGUCUUCUCUGUAAAGCACAAAAUGAAAGGAGUAUUGUUUGUGAAAAAGAGAUGGGAGGGAAUCCAGGAAUAACAAACCAGGACUUUUGCAGUUCUCACUUCACUUCAGCUCAGUUUGAUUUAUCAGUGUGAAGCUCCUCAGAUUCAAGAUGAUCUGGGUAAUUGGGCGGUGAAGUUGGAGCAGGGAAGGGCAAGAAAAAAAAAAAAGAGGCAACUAUUUGGAGUUGAUUGAAGUGGAGCUAACCUAAUGUAGACAAACUGAUUGUUAUUUUAAUUUUUUUCUUGUUUCAGUAGUGGUAAAAGGAGAAAUGGAACAGCCUGUGCGUACAGUUUUGUCUUAGCACAGCAAAGCAUUAUUGUAAUAAUCCUUAAAGCCUUAAAUAUUUCUACAUUUUUUUUUGUCAUUUUAUUUUAACUUUUAGACAGCUUUACCUUUUUAGAUUGUUAACACAGCGCUUCUUUAACAGUACAUAAUCGGCAACACUACAAUGGUGACAAUUAUGUUGCAUUAGUAGACUUGUAUCAGUUCUAUCAGGGGAAGGGCGGGACCAACACAUGACCACACAAAUUUCAAAUGCUCUCUUGUCUGUUUUCUUUCUUUCUGUAUGGUUAAUCUGACAUCUUUUCUACUCUUAGCUCCCCGCUCUUUCGCUUUCAAGUUCUGCUAUAUUCUUUAACUUUUUCCUCCCCUUUCUCCCAAUCUACCUCUCUCCCUCUCCUCAGCGAGCAGUCUCUAUCUUUGCAGUCUCUUCAGAGGCACCAAGCUGUUGGCAAUUCCUGUCACAGACACUGCCUUAAUUAGAUAUUCUUCAGCACUCUCCACCCCCAAUUCUUUCACUCUCACUCUGCCUUUAGCUUUUCCGAAUGUCCUCACACAGGCCUCAUUUUUAGCUGGCAAUCAGGCACAAUUUGCGCAAGAUUUCAGUGAUUGUUGUUGCACAUUAGAAGAAAAAAAAAAAAGAUGCGUAAUGAUUGUAUGCUGCUCUAUCUGCUAAAUGACAAAGCUAUCUAGAAGGUAUUUUUUCUCAUCUUGGAAAAAAAGAAAAAAUAUUUUGCUAUAUGUAAAAACAGCUGUCAUCAAUACGUAAACAUUCUGGAAAUAGAGAAGUAUAUGUAUUUUUAAAUGUUCCUGUUUUUGUGAUUUGUUAAAAUGUGUAGCACAAAUUAAAUUCCUCAUUGACGUAAA